UCUUUUCAAAUUUUUUUUUUUCUGUGGUUGCGGCAUCUGCAGCCUCUCUCUCUCUCGCGCGCUCUCUUUGGCCUCUGCAUCUCUUGUCCUCAUCGAUCUGCUCUCUCCUUCCGAAACGCUACGUUUUUGCUCAUUCUCUGGUUUGCUUCGCGGUCCACGAACGUCUUCCUUCUCCAAGAUCACAACUCUUAGUUUCUGUAUUUUUUUUAAUCUUUUUUAAGCUUUUUUUCUUCUCUGUGUAUUGUCAUUGUGUGUUUAGUUUUGUAUUUGUACUUUAAUAUGAACAAAGCUAUAGAGAUGUAUAGAAAUAUGCGUGUAAUAUAGUGUGUAUGUGUGUGUUUAGAUUUGAGAAGUAGAGGUUCUGGUUUCAGCGGAGAGUUGACCCGGGCCAGACGAGUGCUCGGGGAGGAAGGUUAGAUCCGUAUGGACAUGGAAACUAAUUGGUCCGUCGGUAAACCCGACCCGAAUUCAAGCUACUUGCAGAAAUUCCGACUCUACGAAACGCGCUCGAAUUUUUAUAUGAUAGGAAGAGACAAGAACAGGACCUUUUGGAGGGUUUUAAAGAUUGAUCGGUUAGAACCAUCUGAGCUGUGUAUUCUCGAGGAUUCUACAAUAUACUCAGAAAGUGAAUGCUGUGACCUGCUAAGGCGAAUACAUGAAGGGAAUAAAUCAACUGGUGGACUUAGAUUUGUUACUACUUCCUACGGAAUAGUUGGUUUCAUAAAAUUUUUGGGACCUUAUUACAUGUUGCUGAUUACAAAAAGAAGGAAAAUUGGUGCAAUUUGUGGCCAUGCAAUAUAUGCCAUCACCAAGAGCGAGAUGAUUCCUAUUCCAAAUUCUUCUGUGCGGUCCAAUAUGACUAAUUCUAAGAAUGAGAACAGAUACAAGAAGCUCUUAUGCACCAUGGAUCUUACAAGGGACUUCUUUUUCAGCUACUCAUAUCAUGUCAUGCAUUGUCUUCAAAAGAAUUUAUAUAACAACAAGAUAGGGAAAGCUCACUAUGAAACAAUGUUUGUUUGGAAUGAAUUCUUAACUCAAGGAAUCCGGAAUAACCUCAAGAAUACUCUAUGGACAGUGGCAUUAGUAUAUGGCUUCUUUAAACAGGUCAAACUUUCGGCAUCUGGUAGGGACUUUAAGUUGACUCUAAUUGCCAGACGUUCUCGGCAUUAUGCUGGCACAAGAUAUUUAAAACGUGGUGUGAAUGAUAAGGGUAGAGUGGCCAAUGAUGUUGAGACAGAACAAAUUGUGUUUGAAGAUGUUCCUGAGGGAUAUCCGGUGCAAAUAAGUUCUGUUGUGCAGCAUCGGGGUUCAAUCCCACUUUUCUGGUCCCAGGAAACUUCACGAUUGAAUAUUAAACCUGACAUUAGAUUAUUGAAGAAGGACCAAAACUAUGAGGCAACAAAGCUUCAUUUUGAAAAUCUUGCAAAGAGAUAUGGGAACCCGAUAAUUAUUUUGAAUUUAAUAAAGACGCACGAAAAGAAGCCUCGAGAAAGUAUACUCCGUGCAGAGUUUUCCAAUGCCAUCAGAUAUUUAAAUAAAGGCCUAUCUGAGGAUAAGCGCCUAAGGUUCCUCCACUGGGAUUUGCAUAGACAUUCCAGAAAAGCUACCAAUGUGUUGUCACUUCUUGGGAAAGUGGCAGCAUAUGCAUUGAACUUGACUGGCAUCUUUUAUUGUCAAGUUACUCCAAGUCUAAGACCCAUGGGGUUGUUAUCCUACUCUGAGAAAAAUGAUGAUGAGUGCUCUCUCAAAAAUCCUUCCAAUGAAAAUGACUUGGGAAGGCAUUUGGACUCAGGAAUUGGCAAUGUGGAUUGUGAAGCAAAUGGAAAUCAAAGUAUCAAGGCCCCUAUGUUUCAAAAUGGGGUUCUAAGGACUAACUGCAUAGAUUGUUUAGAUCGCACAAAUGUUGCCCAAUAUGCCUACGGUCUGGUGGCUCUUGGUUUCCAACUGCAUGCUCUUGGAUUUAUAGAAUCACCAAUUAUUGAUUUAGAUAAUCCAUUGGCAGAGGAUUUAAUGGGGAUUUAUGAGACAAUGGGUGACACACUUGCACUGCAGUAUGGUGGCUCUGCUGCACACAACAAGAUAUUUUGUGAAAGGAGAGGCCAGUGGAAAGCUGCAACUCAGUCUCAAGAAUUCUUUAGAACUCUACAGCGUUAUUACAGCAAUGCAUACAUGGAUGCUGAGAAACAAGAUGCUAUUAACGUAUUUUUAGGUCACUUCCAGCCGCAACAGGGGAAGCCAGCAUUAUGGGAAUUGGAUUCAGAUCAACAUUACAAUGUUGGAGGGCGUGGUCCUGAUUUUGUUGAUGAGGAUGCUCGGUCAUUCGUCAAAAAAUCACUAUCAGAUGGCAAUCUUGUAGCAGCUACCAAGGUCGGACAUGAUAAGCCUUUUUCUGAGGAGCAAGGAGUUAAUAAGGGUCUUUCAGAUUUAACUCCAGAGAUCUCCACCUGCGAAAGUGACAUAUCAUACUCUAGGUAUACUCCCUCAAUGCCUCGUCAGCAGCUUUUUAAAAAUACUGGAGAAGAUGAAUACUUUGACAGUGAUCAUAUUUGCUAUGAAGAGCAUGGGGAUGCAUGUAGCUGCUCAAAUUUUCUUGAUAUGGACUGGCUUUCGUCAUCAGGGAAUUCUUGUGAAGAAGAUCCUUCUGAUAGGUCAAUUGCUGGCCUAUCAUCUGAAUAUCUUAUGAAUGAGCUGAAAAGCGAAACAUCUGCUAGUGAGUCUGGAUCUAGCUUGAAGGGAAGAAAUCAAACUGCGGACGACCUCUCUUCCGAAGACCUCAUGGGUGGAUUGUCAGAGCGCUUUCUGCACUGGGUAACACAUGGGGAGACACUUUUCGUAUGAUAAGCUAACGUUGCGUUUGUGAUGAUAAUAAUUUACUCAAGCCAUAAUCUCUUUGAUCCCAUCCGAAGGAUGUGGAUUAUCAAACGGAGAAUACAAAGCAAGAGAACAUUGUAAAGAUAACACUCAGUACCGGCCCAGCAUUUCUUGAAGCUAAUGUAAGUCUCAAGAGUUGCAGCAUUUUUGAAUUGUGUACCUCCUGAGUCCAGAAGGGUAUGAUCGAGGAAGCACAAGAGCAUAGCUAAUUCAUUUGGAGUUCUUAGGCCCCCCAAUCUCUGUAGGAUCUAAACACUGAAUUAAUCUUGUAAAUGUUUUCUUAAUCGUUUCUAAGGUUGAUUUUGUUGAACGCUACAAAACACCAGUUGACUCUAAUGGUUAGAAUUAGGAUUCAGUUCAAAAUUCAUUUUUAUUUUCUUAGUAAUUCAAUGUAUUUUGAUUAUUAA